CCCAGGCAGGAGUGGAGGGGGACAGACAGGAUGGCAGCACCAGGAGUUUCUCCAAGAUCACAAGGUCUCUCUUUGACGUCCCCUCUGCUGUUCCCCAGUCUGUGCAGAAGGAGCUGAAGUCAAAAAAUGGGAAACUGAUUGAAGGAGUGCCAACUAAAGAGGUGACCAAGAUGAAAGGAGAUGAGGUCUGCCAGGAAGCUCAGGACCUGCUGAGAUUCGACUCAGAUCCAGGAGUGUUGUACCAUGCUACUGAAGUGGGACCAACUGGUAGAAAGGACAUGGCUGCCUCCCUUCAGAUCCAUGAAGAGAAUCUGCAUAAGAUGAAGGCUGAGGGGGAGAUGGACCAAGUGAAAGGGCUGGAGUCAGAAGAGAUGUGUGUGGGCACAAAGCCUCUGUGCAGCACCAUGCCGGAAAAGCCCACCAAUAUGGGUGAACUCCUUGACUUGUUCCCCAAGUUAUUGAGCCUGCAUGCCCAAGAUUUGCCCUUGUCUGUUUUCUCUGACACUGGAGAUGACAAGAAGUUACCAGUCUGCGAGGGGAGCGUGUAUGGAUCAGAGACCCUGAAGGAUCUAGUCUGGAAGUUCCUAAAGCAGUAUUACAGUAUCUACGAUGGUGGGGACCGACAGAGUCUCCUGAGUGCCUACCAUGACAAUGCCUGCUUCUCACUGAGUACUCCCUUCAACCCUGAGGAACCAUCCCUAGUCAGCUGGGGCAAGUUCUCUAAGGACAGCAGGGCUAUGAAGCAGCUCAAGGACGUCGGCCUGUGUGUUCAGGUGAUGAAACACACAAAAAGGGAGAUUGUCGACUUCUUCCGUGUGUUGCCCAAGACCCAGCAUGACUUCAGCUCCUUCGUGGUGGACAUGUGUGUCCCGAGGGAAAAGAUGCUCUGCUUUUCUGUCGGUGGGAAGUUCAAGGAGGUGGGAGGAAUGUGUGAGGCUCGUGUCUGCACCUUCACCCGGACCUUCGUUUUGAUUCCUGACAGCGAUUCCAGCUUAUGCAUCGUUAAGGACCAACUCACUGUGACUGACGUGAACCCCAAAGAAAUCCAGAGUACCUUCUUCAGCCCAGGGCCCUGUUUUGGGGGCCCCCCUUCCCAGAAGCAGCAGUAAAUCCUGCAGGCACUCUCCACGUGGUCUGCUUGUGACUGAGGCCUAGAAGAGGCAUUAAUGAAGGCACGCACAGC